AUGGUGUCAACUAGUGAGUUACAGUAUGAGAUGGACACACGACUAGGAGAGGCAGAUAUGGAUUUAAGUCGUAGACAAUUCAUUGAUGAUGAUAUGAGUAUCCUAGGCGACGAAUUAAGAAUCAACAAAUACUGGCAUGGUCUUCAUUUGGUUGAAAAUAAUAAUAGCGAUCGAGGUGUGAAGUAUUUGGCUCGAGGAUCAUAUUCAAAUGCACGCCUUAAAGUGCUUGAUCUUGAUGGAAAUCAGAUUUCAGAUGAAUGCGUUAAAGAAAUUGCCCACAUAUUACCGAUUGCUAGAAACAGCAUAACAGAUCGAAGUAUCAAUGUUAUAUGUAAUAUACUGAAAUGCAAUCAUACUUGGAAAAAUCUUUAUAUUUGUGAUGAUCGUCAGUUAUCACGUAAAAGUGUACAACAGAUUGAAGAUGCAGCAGAAGAAAAUCACUGUUGUAUGAUUUAUAUCUAA